AUGUCCACUUUUGGUGGCACGCCCGAGAGAAGACAGAGGGAGAAGGAGGAGAGGAGGUGGAAUAGAAGGAAUGGUGUGGGGUCGAGUAGACUUUUCGUCGAUUCGAGCAAUUCUUCCUCGUCGUCAUCUUCGGAUGAAUUUUGCUCUCUUCCGUCUCAUUCGGAGUCUGGGAAUGAUGAUGGUGAAGAAGAAGAGUCUGAGUCAUCGGAGUCGGAGUCGGGAUCGGAGAGAUGGCAACGCUCAGGACGCACUUAUCCCGUGGACGAUAGUGACUCUGAUGAUUCAAAAUUAGGGAAAUGCACUUUCAUGGGUAAUUUGAAGAGACAGCGAAGAAUGGCAGCCCGGUACUCAAAACCACCUCCAAACGACCAGUUACUAUACACAAAUGAACCUCGAACACCAUUGGCUGAUCUCUCAGUCUGCUUUGCAACAUUUACUAUCUACUUUUCCACCCUAAGACAGUCUCUCCGACCAAAGUCAAAGGGGACCGUUGGGGAUUCCCCAGAUUCCCCAGAUUCCCCAUACCCCAAUCUCUUCGAGGGCUCGUGCGCUGGACGCCUAAGUGGUGACCGACAACAGAAGCGUAGACCACAUACAUGA